UGGCUUCACAAGAUGGCGGCGCGCUGGGAGCGUAUCCUCUGCGUUUCUAGGAGUUUCGCUCUGCGGCGUCUUUAAGAUUCUAGGGUUGUACAGGCCCACGCCAGACACGACGUCUGGCAGGAACCUCGGCCUCAGAGCCUUAAUUUUAAAGACCCCGAAGCAGUCAGAGCUCUGACUUGUACUCUCCUAAGGGAAGAUUUUGGACUUUCUAUUGAUAUUCCAUUGGAGAGACUAAUUCCCACAGUUCCCUUGAGACUCAACUAUAUUCACUGGGUGGAAGAUCUGAUCGGUCACCAGGAUUCUGACAAAAGUACUCUCCGAAGAGGAAUUGACAUAGGUACGGGGGCGUCCUGCAUCUACCCCUUACUCGGAGCAACCUUGAAUGGCUGGUAUUUCCUUGCAACAGAAGUGGAUGAUAUGUGUUUCAACUAUGCAAAGAAAAAUGUGGAACAGAAUAACUUAUCUGAUCUCAUAAAAGUGGUGAAAGUGCCACAGAAGACACUCCUGAUGGAUGCUCUUAAAGAAGAAUCUGAGAUAAUCUAUGACUUUUGCAUGUGCAACCCUCCCUUUUUUGCCAAUCAAUUGGAAGCCAAGGGAGUAAACUCACGGAAUCCUCGAAGACCCCCACCUAGUUCUGUUAAUACAGGAGGCAUCACGGAAAUCAUGGCAGAAGGAGGUGAAUUAGAGUUUGUUAAAAGGAUCAUCCAUGACAGUCUGCAACUUAAAAAAAGAUUAAGAUGGUAUAGCUGUAUGCUGGGAAAGAAAUGCAGCCUGGCGCCUCUGAAGGAAGAGCUUCGUAUACAAGGGGUUCCUAAAGUCACCUACACUGAAUUCUGUCAAGGUCGGACGAUGAGAUGGGCCUUAGCUUGGAGUUUUUAUGAUGAUGUAACAGUACCAUCACCACCAAGUAAGCGGAGAAAAUUAGAGAAACCAAGGAAGCCCAUUACAUUUGUGGUGCUGGCAUCCGUGAUGAAAGAGUUGUCCCUCAGAGCAUCGUCCCUGGGCUCUGAGACGGCGGAAGGCAUCGUGGCUGUCACAGCAUGGAUCGAACAAAUUCUCACAGAUUUGAAGGUCCAGCAUAAACGAGUUCCCUGUGGAAAAGAGGAAGUUAGCCUUUUCCUAACGGCCAUAGAAAACUCCUGGAUUCAUUUAAGGAGAAAGAAAAGAGAGCGAGUGAGACAGCUGAGAGAAGUUCCUCGAGCUCCCGAGGACGUCAUUCAGGCCUUGGAAGAGAAAAAGUCCACCCCCAAAGAGUCUGGCAAUAGCCAAGAAUUGGCCAGGGGCCCCCAGGAGAGGGCCCUCUGUGGGCCUGCUCUGCGGGAAGGCGAGCCUGCCGCUGUGGAGGGCCCGUGCCCGAGCCAGGAGUCCCUAUCCCAGGAGGAAAACCCGGAGCCCACGGAGGAUGAAAGUAGUGAGGAAAAGGGAGGGGUGGAGGUUCUGGAAAGUUGUAAAGGCUCUAGCAAUGGAGCCCAGGAUCAAGAGGCUUCUGAGCAGUUGAGCAGCCCAGUGGCUGAAAGGGGGAAAUGCCUCCCAGGAGUGGCUGGACAGUACCUGUUUAAGUGUCUGAUAAACGUUAAGAAGGAGGUGGACGAUGCCUUAGUUGAAAUGCAUUGGGUUGAGGGCCAGAACAGGGAUUUGAUGAACCAGCUUUGUACCUACAUACGGAACCAAAUUUUCAGGCUUGUUGCCAGUUAACUAGAAACUUCUUGCACAGUUGGAAAAGUGUUUAUAGUCACUUGCUUUGGAGUGGCCUGUGGGGUGGCAAAAGGAAUCCUACCAGUGGCCCAUUAGUAGCAUUGUGUGGAAUUAUCUUCAAACACAAAAACCAAUGAAUCUGUCCCCACCUCCCGCCACUGCCUUCCCGCAUUUUGAGUUACAGGGAGUUGUAGCGUGGCCGUUUACAAGAAGAAUUGCUGUCAUCAGUAACAACAAAAGCCCUCAGUAAACUCCCGAGGGAUUGCACGCUGGCUCAAGCUGCCCCUCAGCUUUGAACUGCUUCUGCAAGGCCAGAAGGGUUGUUCGUGGAGUCUGGGUCGGGCAGCACUGCCUAGAGUGUCAUGCUCUCUCUGUCACCCAAGGGUGUUUUUGAGGAGGGGUGGCUCUCUCUGCCUCCAGUUGGAGGCCCUGGUACCCUCUUCUAGGUCACUCUUCAAGAUGGGACCUACCUUGCGUCAGUCCCACGAAGGGAGCUAGCCGUGGGUGGGUGGUGGGGCAUCGGGGAGAGAAGCCUUAGUAAUGCUAGGAGGAGCAGCAGUCUGGGGAGUACCCAGUAAAUGGCACAUUCCUGACACGCGGCUGUUUUGAUGUUGCUUAUUUCAGAAGCAGAAUUAGGUAAGCAGAAUUCCCGGGUGUGACUGAGGCACACAGAAGGCACCCGUACCCCCACCUCCAGCCUGUUGAAAGUACCAUUUUGCAGCAGUUUUACUACUCUAUGAUUUUUGUUCGGACAUUUGAAGUAGAGCUUGUUUUGUUUUUAAUAUAAGAAUAUUCACAAAUUAAAAACCAGUGGUCCUAUUUGAAUCCUGGGGUUAGCUGAGUGAGCGACUGAUGACAGAAAUGAGAAAUGGAACAAAAUAGUAUAUGCCGUAGGUAGCUUAAGAAAGUCUCAGAUACUUUGUUGCUGAUCAAAUACUGUUUUUUGUGGCUUCACUUGUAAUCCCCUCUGUACUUACCUACUCACAUUGGAGAGUUCUGAGGCCGGAGUAACUGUGUCCUUAAAACACCUUUCUAGUUGGAAUGCCAGGGUUCAGUAGCAGUGCCCCCGGAAAAGGGGUGUCCUUAAAACACGUUUCUAGUUGGAAUGCCAGGGUUCAGUAGCAGUUCCCCCAGAAAAGGGGUGACCUUAAAACACGUUUCUAGUUGGAAUACCAGGGUUCAGUAGCAGUCCCCCCGGAAAAGGGGUGACCGUUUGCUGUGCUUGACUUAACAGCUCGAUGUUGCAUCAGCAGCCUAGGGUUCUCUUUCGACUAAAAUCUUCGCCAGAGCUCCUUGCCAUCUGCUAAGAAGACGGGCUGAGUAGUUAAGCCAGCCUUCUGAGAGGUGGCUGUUGGUUAGGACAGGAAGCCGGUGACCUUGGCAUAUCUUGGCAUCUGCUAGAUCCGGCCCUUAGCAGAGACACAGGAAGUGGAACUAGUGUGCUUUCGUGUGGCCGUGGAGCUGGAGCUAGAGAAGACAGCAUACUGACCAGUGGCUUUGUGAUUGUUUUGAGAGGGAGUUUCACUCUUGUUGUCUAGGCUGGAGUGCAGUGGCGCGAUCUCAGCUCAUUGCAACCCCUGCCUUCUAGGUUCAAGCGAUUAUCCUGCCUCAGCCUCCUGAGUAGCUGGAAUUACAGGCACGUACCGCCAUGCCUGGCUAAUUUUGUGUUUUUAGUAAAGAUGGGAUUUCACGAUGUUGGCCAGACUAGUCUCGGACUCAUGACCUCAGGUGAUUCACCCACCUCGGCCUCCCAAAGUGCUGGGAUCACAGCCGUGAGCCACCACACCCAGCCUCUGACCAGUGUUCUUAACUUGGUCCGUGGACCUCCAGAGAGUCCGUAUGCCUCCUAGAGUUACUUCGAAAAGUUCUGUGAGCGUGUGUGUGUGUGUGUGUUUUUCCUGGAGAGAGGGUUCCCAGAACCCUCAGACAUAGACAAAGGGGUCAAUAACCCACUAAGGGUUAAGAAUCAUUAUUCUAGUUCAAGCAUUCAUGUGUCAGGCUGCAAAAUCCAAUACUCAGGGUCACACAGAGCCAAGACUCAAUUCAGGACCGUGGAUUCCCCUGGUCUAGUAAUUUUCUGCUGUGCUAGCCCACACCAUCCCACUAUCCUUACCUCAAGUGAAUAUCACAUUUGAGUCCUUUGCUGGACCCAAACCUAGUUUCCUUGGCAUAAUUUUAGGAUAAUUGGUUAAGUAGCAACUAUUCACUCAGUAAGUAGUAAGAACUUAUUGUUUGCUGGUUUCAUGAUGAAAGAGUGGCACAUGCUCAUCAAAGAUUUGGAAAAAUGAAAGUCAAAACAACAAAAUCACCGCUAGUCCCAACCUUCUGUAACAUAACCACUAUUGGUAUUGGCGCGUUUCUUUCCAGUCUCUCUAUAGAUGGGGUGUGUGAGUGUGUGGGUUUAACUUUGGUUGUACUCAUGCUGCAUAUUCAGUUUUAUAUUCUGGUCUUUUUUUCAUUUAACAUCUUACAAGUAUUUUUCCAUGUUACAACAGGAGUGUAUUGACUUAUACUCCUUGCCUGUUCAAAACGUCUUUCAGGCACAGCACUGGCUUUUAAGUCUGUGUCUCAGGGAUUUCCAGAGAAUGCUCCGUGUACUGAGGCACAGACGGUGUUUCUGUGUCUCAGUGUGUUUCUGUCCCUAGGUUUAAGGCUUCAUGUCAUGGAGGAGAUUUUAUAGAUGUUAAGCUAAUGACCUUAGAGUUUUAAAAAAUCUGUGACAGUGGCCGGACGCAGUGGCUCACGCCUGUAAUCCCAGCACUGUGAGGCUGAGGUGGGCGCAUCGCAUGAGGUCAGGAGUUCGAGACCAGCCUGGCCAACAUGGCAAAACCCCACCUCUACUCAAAAUACAAAAGUUAGCCGGGCGUGAUAGCACGCACCUGUAAUCCCAGCUACUCGGUAGGCUGAGGCAGGAGAAUCCUUUGAACCUGGGAGGUGGAGGUUGCAGUGAGCCGAGAUUGUGCCACUGCACUCCAGCCUGGGCAACAGAGUGAGACUCCGUCUCAAAAAAAAAAAGAACCCGAGUGAGAUGGUCUCAAAAAAAAAAAAAAAAAAAAAAAUCCAUGAGCAGGCCGGCUUUCACAGUCUGGAGCGGAGUGCCUUCUGUGCAUUUGGAUGUCUCCAUUUCCUUCCUGAGAAGAUUUUCUUAGACUACCUAGUGAGAGAACAUUGAACAUAUUUUUGAAAGGACACUUAAACAUUGUUUUGGUCGUGCAUGUGCUUUAUAAUUGUGGGUUGCGUCAUUGCAUAUACCUCUGGUACAGGUGGCAAAGGUUUUCUUUGAAGAAAUAGGUUAUUGACUCA